CCAAUCAGCACGCAGACUCUCGGAGGCCCCUCCUCUUGUAAACGUCGUUUCAAGUCCACUAAAGCAUUCAUUCGGAAAUGUUCUUGGAGAACCGCAGUGGUGACAUGAGCGCUGGAUACCGCCAACACACCGAUGGAGAAACACCAGUAGAAGGCUAACUCACCUCGUAUUCGUUUUCCACACCCCGCGAGCUACCACACGGUUCCUGGAUGGACCUGAGCGAGCACAGCUGGUCCACAGUCAAGCGUGAAGUGUCCAGUAACCCGGGCUCGCCGUCCGAGCAGAGCUGCGUUCACGGCGAGCGCAGGGACGAGUUAAGGACGUCGCCUCUGGACGCAGCGGGGAGUCGGCGCGUAGACACGCGGCCGCUGCCCUCCUACGCAGCCUUCGGCCACCAUUUGAGUUCGGACGACGUGCCGCUGUUCGCGGACUUGGACCAGGCUGCCAAACUCGGCGCGCACAAGGCAGGGAUCGUGGUGGACCCCGGCGACAUGUAUUCGACGUUGGCCGCCUACGAGUCGCCGUCGGCAGCUUACAUGCACUCCAGUCCCAACUCGCCGGUGUACGUGCCGACCUCGCGGGUCGGCCCAAUGAUCCCGAGUCUGCCUUACCUGCAGUCGAGCGCGGCGGUGUCGCAACCGAGCCACGCGGUCAGCAGCCACGCUGCGUGGUCACAACCCGCGCCCGAGAGCCCGUCGUCCUACAGCACCGGGAGCCCACACGCGACCUCAAGCCGCUUUCACUACUCACCAAGCCCGCCCGUGAACAACGGCACGGCAAGGGACUCGAGCUACCCGACCGCGCUGAACGCCAGCGGCAGGGAGCAGUAUCUGUCGCGGCCCCUGAGCGGCUCCUACACCGGGCCGUACGCGCCCUACGUGGGAGCUCAACUGCCCCAGUUACCCACCGCGUGGCCCGCGGGACCCUUCGAUAACUCCAUGCUGCAUUCAUUACAAAGCCGAGCGUCUCCGCUCUCCAUCCGACCCGGACCUGCAGAUUUCCUCGACGACGCGAUGGAGAGUCGGGAGUGCGUGAACUGCGGCUCCAUCUCCACCCCGCUGUGGAGGCGCGACGGCACCGGUCACUUUCUCUGCAACGCCUGCGGCCUGUACAGCAAAAUGAACGGCCUGAGCCGACCAUUAAUUAAGCCGCAGAAGCGCAUGUCAUCUUCCAGAAGAGUCGGUCUUUCCUGUGCAAACUGCCAGACCAGCACUACGACCCUGUGGCGCAGAAACGCAGAGGGGGAACCGGUGUGCAACGCCUGUGGACUUUACACCAAAUUACACGGGGUACCACGACCCCUGGCUAUGAAGAAGGAAGGUAUUCAGACGAGAAAAAGAAAACCGAAAAACUUGAACAAAACAAAGGGGUCGUCCGCAGGAAGCAGCUCUGUCCCCGUGACUCCAACAUCAUCAUCAUCUUCUGCUUCAGAAGAGAACUCGAAGAACAGUCCUCCAUCUGCGCAGGUGAAUUCCUCUACUAUGGUGGGUCAUAUAGAAGUUCCAGGCACCACAGGCUCCAUUGUGAAGUACCCUGGCCAGGAGGGUCUGUACACUAACGUGGGAUUAAUGUCCACCAGCGACGUGGCGGCGUCUGUACGUGGUGACACGUGGUGCCCCAUGGCUCUGGCCUGACACUUACCUGUGUGGGAUUAAAAAGCUCCUCAUCGCUCUACUCCACCUCUCCACAUCAUCCCUGUCAUUUGUUUGUAAAAUGGCUGCUUUCAUCACGGGUCUGGAGUCACCCUGAGAAAGAGAAGAAAAAAAACAAAAACCCUCGUUCCGUGCUCACGACUUUUCUUCAGCUUUGGAGAGCUUGUGCAAAAAAAUAAAAAAUAAAAAAUCCUACUACUCCAGUUUUUUUUUGGAAAUACACUCUCUGGAUGUUGAUAAUGAAGACUACGAGUCCCAAUCCAGAACGUGCCUUUGGUACUUUUUCUUUUUCUGAAACACACACUGCACUACGAGUAUCGCUCCGUGGAGUAUAUGGAUCAAAACAGCUUUUUCGUGUGUGUAUAUAUAUGUGUGUGUGUGUGUGUGUGUGUGUAUAUGUAUGUAUGUGUGUGUGUAUAUAUAUAUAUAUAUAUAUAUAUAUAUAUAUAUAUAUAUAUAUAUAUAUAUAUAUAUAUAUGUGUGUAUAUAUAUAUAUAUAUAUAUAUAUAUAUAUAUAUAUAUAUAUAUAUAUAUAGACUUCUAAUGGAUUUUUUCAUUGCAUCUGAAAUGAUCAGAAGAGAAAUAUUUUCCGUCAGAAUUUCUUUUUAUCAGUUUUCCGGAAAGUAUUUUUUUUUAUGUUAAAUUUAAAAUCGUUAAAACUGGAAUUGAAGAUUGUGCCAACCCCCUACACCCGCCUUCUCCCCCCCCACCCAAACACCCACCCACCCACCCACCACCCUCCAUCCUGAAUGAAUUAAAUUGUAUUUAUAAUGCUGGCUGUUUAAGAUUAAUGCUUAUAUUUGUCAAAUAAAGAUAAAGCCUGUUAGUGUAGGACCGAAGCCUUGCUCCUUGUUUUGAAGUCUCCCUGUUUAUGAGCAUGUCUGUGUUUGCUGUCGGUAUAGCUGACCGAUCCUAUUCUGCACAGGAUCUUCUGUUUAAAAAAAAAAAAAAAAAAAAAAAAAAGAAGAAAGAAAAAAAAAAGAAAAAGAAAAAAGGAAAAAAAAAUCUCUUAUUAUUCAUUUUGGCUGUAAUUCUAAUGGUUUAAAACAGGGUAUCUCGUCGCUUUUUUAGCUUCUCGUUUGAUUCUUCACGUGUCAAAUCAAAAGUGUGAUUUUACUUUAAUGUUAAACGGUACUUCUACUGUUGCUGUGCUGAUUAUGGAGGACGAAAAGUUCAUACCGUUCAAUUACAGAAACAAAACAAUUACCGAUAUCUCAGAACAAACCGCACUCAGAAACUCUUUUCUGGUGCAUUUAAUUAUUAUUAUUAUUAUUAUUAUUAUUAUUAUUAUUAUUAUUAUUUUGGUUACAGCACACAACUGCAAAGGUUUCUUUCUUUUUUUUUUCUUCCCUUGAUAUGACAUAACUACCUAACUUAACACAUUGGUAUGCAACUACUAGAAUAUUUUUUUAUUUGAAUUGUUUAUCCUUUUUUUCUUCUCACAAUGAACUAUACUUAAAUAUAUACAUUGAGGAAAAAAACGUUUGGAUUUUGGUUUUAUUAUUUAGAGUGUUUUUUUUUUUCUUCUUCUUCUUCUUCUUCUUCUUCUUCUUCUUCUUCUUCUAUUUGGGUAUCAUCCUGGCCACAAAUAAGCUGUUAAAAUAAUUCAUGACUCAAGUGACUCACUGAGUCGUGAUCCAAAUGGAGGCUCAAGAGCUUCAGAGUAGAUAUAUGGUUAUCCCCGGAUGAUCCAUUUAGAUGUGUUUUGACUUUAAGUAGCGUCUCGGGAGCACUAGAAGGACCUUUAGAGAAGACUCGAAUGAAGCUGAACCUCUCCCACCAAACUGGGAGAACUUUUAGUUAUCAUGUUGUUGUGUGUGUGUGUGUGUGUGUGUGUGUGUGAGUAACACAAUCAACAUUUGACAAUCCUUACUUUUCCUUUCUUUCUUUUUUUUUAUUCUGUAGAGUUAUUUAUUUCAUUUAAAAAAAAAAAGUGGUGUGUUUCUUAGAGGUGUUUUCAUAUUUUAUGUCGCAUUAGCGUGUUUGUAUUUCAUGGCUGUAUUUUUGGGGCGAUCGUUUCAUUUUCAAACACAGAAGGCUUCAUUCUA